AUGGAUUGUGUGAGCCCAAUCCUGGACGUCGCCACCCGCUUGUGGGAUUGCACCGCCAAGCGUGCAGUUUAUAUUCGUGAGCUUGAAGAAAAUCUCAAGUCUUUGAAGAGCUUAACGGAGGAACUGAGCAACUUAAGUAAGGAUGUGAUGGGAAGAGUUGAACGUGAGGAGGACCAACAGAGUAGGCGCACGCAUGAAGUGGAUGGUUGGCUCCGCGCUGUACAGGUCAUGGAAGCUGAAGUGGAAGAAAUAUUGCAAAAUGGGGAUCAAGGAAUCCAACAGAAAUGCCUCGGAACCUGUCCUAAGAAUUGCAGGUCAAGCUACAGGCUGGGGAAGAUUGUGAGUAGAAAGAUCGAUGCUGUGACUGAAUUAAAGGGCAAAGGGGGUUUUGAUGUUGUGGCUCAUAGCUUGCCUUGUGCUCCGGUGGAUGAGAGACCAAUGGGGAAGACUGUGGGCUUAGACUUGAUGUACGAGAAGGUUCGGAGAUGCCUGGAAGAUGAGCAAGUAAGAAGUAUUGGGUUGUAUGGAAUUGGGGGUGUUGGAAAAACCACCCUCUUGCAGAAAAUCAAUAAUGAGUAUUUUGGUAAAAGAAACGAUUUUGAUGUUGUGAUAUGGAUAGUGGUGUCGAAACCAAUCAACAUGGGAAAUAUUCAAGACGUGAUCCUGAAUAAAUUACCUACCCCAGAUGACAAAUGGAAGAAUCGUAGCAAGGAAGAGAAGGCUGCAGAAAUAUGCAAGUUGUUGAAAUCCAAAAACUUUGUGAUAUUGCUUGAUGAUAUGUGGGACCGACUCAAUCUCUUGGAGGUGGGGAUCCCUGAUUUGAGUAAUCAAACUAAGUCCAAAGUAGUACUCACUACCCGAUCUGAACGAGUAUGCGAUGAAAUGGAGGUUCAUAAGAGGAUGAAGGUAGAGUGUUUGACACAGGAUGAAGCGUUUUCUCUGUUUCGUGACAAGGUUGGUGAGAAUAUCCUGAAUUCACAUCCAGAUAUAAAAAGGCUUGCCAAGAUUGUUGUCGAGGAAUGCAAAGGAUUGCCGCUUGCCCUCAUCGUCAUCGGGCGAGCAAUGGCUAGCAAGAAAACUCCUCGAGAAUGGGAGCAAGCAAUACAAGUGCUGAAGAGUUACCCAGCAAAGUUUUCAGGUAUGGGAGAUCAAGUAUUUCCGAUUUUGAAAUUCAGUUACGAUCACUUGGACAAUGACACCACCAAAUCAUGUUUCCUAUAUUGUUCGCUAUUCCCUGAAGACCAUGAAAUUUGGAUUGAAGACCUCAUAUAUCUUUGGAUCGGGGAGGGGUUUGUGGACAAAUUUGUUGAUAUAUAUGAAGCACGCAACCAAGGAGAGGAGAUUAUUAGAAGCUUAAAACUUGCAUGUCUCUUGGAAGGUGGUGUAUCGAAAAACACUUGUAAGAUGCAUGAUGUGAUCCGUGACAUGGCUCUAUGUGGAGUUACCUUUGGAGAUUUGUAG